AAGCAUGCGCGUGUAAUUGUACGCCGGCAUACGCGAGGUUCCCGCGUACGCGCGGAAUCUAUCGUCUUCGCCUUACGUAGUGAGACACUGAACCGCCGAUCCUGGCACUCGCUGUAUUCGCGGCUCACGACGCUGAUAAAGACCUGAGAUAACGUGGGAAUUUUCAAGGCGAAUACAGCCGAUCGUGAUUGCGGAGGGACCGUACGAUCGCGGACGCGUACCCGAGCUUCUUUAUAGAUUAAUGCAAUUUACAAUGCGUUCCUGUUAUUUUUUUUCUUCUCCUCGGGUUGAAACGAUUGACGCGAGGUGGAUGACUUAUGGAUUUGGAGACGCGAAUGCAGGGCCGAGCCCCUGGACCGGCCGUCCCGAUCGGCGGGAUAAGCGCGGUAUUUCAAGGAACGGAUCUGCUUUCAUUCGACGAGCAACUCUCUCGGGAGCUCUCACGUGCUCGCGCGGGCUCUGUUUAUUCCUACGACGGAGCGGCUCGCGGUGCCGUAGACGCCGGUCUAGGUGCCCUCGCGCGGCAAUUCCGUGAAAAAAUGAUCGAUCUACGAGCUGCGUGCUGGAUCGGAAGUGCUCUCCCUCGUGUCGGCGAAACACGCGCGUUGAGACACAGACUAGUCCCGCUGAUGGUCGGGAGGUGACGAGAGCGACGUAAAGGCCGGAACACGCGAAAAGACUCGAGGGAAAUGCCCAAUGACUGUCGAGAGCGUAAGCAGCCAUUUAGAAACUUCAGCGAUGCUGAAAAGUCCGAUUGGUUCAAGUUCUCGAGUCUGCAGUCGCGAGUAUGUGACACAGUUACAGAGAUCACGUAACGAAAUGGAAAGAGAUGUAAUAAAGAAUAAAUAUAUAAUGCAUAAACUCUGUGAGACAAUAUCUCGUAUCACAGCUGCGAAGUUAGAUUCUUUAUGGAGCUAUAAAACGCUGCGUAAUAUCGCUCUUACGAUACAGAGCGACGCGGGGCGUUCGUUAUGGCGGUGUCGCUUUUACGAAAAUGAAACUAUUUCGGAGGGGUAAUUGUCGGCGGAUUGCAGCCCAGUCGUAUCACUUGGCAACGUCCUGACGGCUAGUCUUCUAAAGGCGCUACGGUUUUUCUCCUUUGCAGUCGAGUGAAUGGAAUUGGACACCGUAAAUGCGUACAAUACCGUCGGGAUGGAGCAGGGAUUGUCUGGGGAUCCAUGGGACUGCCUGUUCGGCAGCGACAGCAUCUCCGACGCCAUCCAGGGUCGUCCAGAGAUGUUCUAUAUGGGCAUACGGCGUUGCGAUAACACCGGCGAGAUCGGCUGGCUCGGUCCAGGCCUCGGUUUUGACUUCGACGACGUCUUGACGGAGCCCGACGAUGAACCGCUCGGCUUCAAUGACAAGAGCCGCAGUUCGAACAGCAACCUGGAGGAAUUGAAUCUGGACAGCGACAACGAACUGGCCCUGACGUUGGAUCCGAAUUUGGUAUUGCCGCACAACAUGUCUAUCGACAGCCCGGCGACGAACAGCGACGCGGCGAUGCUGGAGACCGCGAGCGUGGAGGAGAACGCCGCCGAAAACGAGGGAGACGAGACGGAGAACGAAAGUGAGGUCGAGCGAACCGAAAACGACGAGGAGAAUGAAAGCGAGGAGGAGGAGGAGGAGGAGGAAGAGAUUGAGAAUGAGGAGAACGAGCACAACGAGACGGAGGACGAGACGGAGGAAGAGGAGACGGAAGAGGAGGAAGAGGACGAGGAAGAGGAGACAGAGGACGACGAGCAGGACGUGGCUGUUCAACAGCCGCUCACACCCCUGAGCGUGGAGGCGCCGACGUCGAUGUCGUCGUCGUCGGCCAACGUCGGCGCCAGGACGUUAACCGCCGCCGCCGCCAUCGCCGCCUCCCCGCCGACGAUACAGCUGACGAGGUUGCAUCACUCCAAAAUAAGUACCAUAUCCGGCACGGUCAAGGUCCAGGACAUCAAGAUGCUCGCGGCGAACCAGGGCAUCCAGACGCUGCAUCAGAUCCGCAAGCAGAUGUCCUACAACAACAAUGUUCACGACGUCAGUGCGGGCGCAACGGCGACGGUGAUGAUACAGGCGGCAAAGCGCGAGAAAGACUUGACGGGGAGCCGUGACAAUUCUUAUCCGAAACCCGCGUACUCGUACUCGUGCCUCAUCGCGAUGGCACUGAAGAACAGCCGGACAGGAUCGCUGCCGGUCUCCGAAAUCUACAACUUCAUGUGCCGGCACUUUCCCUACUUUACGACCGCGCCGACUGGCUGGAAGAACUCGGUGAGGCACAAUCUGUCGCUGAAUAAGUGCUUCGAGAAGAUCGAGAAGCCGCCCGGCAAUGGCAGUCAGCGCAAGGGUUGCCUCUGGGCCAUCCAUCCGUCAAAGGUGACCAAGAUGGACGAGGAGGUGCGCAAGUGGUCGAGGAAGGAUCCGACCGCGAUCAAGCGGGCGAUGGUGAAUCCCGAUCAGCUGGAGCUUCUCGAGCGGGGCGAGAUGAAGUACGAGGGUGACCGGCACGAGGAGACGUACGAGGACGCGGAGAGUUACGCCGAUUCCGAGACGGGUGGGUCCGCGGCGGACGAGGCCGUCAACGACGACGAGAACGUCACGUACGACGAGGCAAAGCAGAUCGACAUCGUCGACGACAACAUUGUCGUGGAGCAGCUUUACGAGGAUCUCGAGCUCAUGGACGCCGCCGACCUGCUCGACACGCGGCUCAACGACUUCCCGAGGCAGGAGCAGCCGUUGGUAUACGAGCUCGUUUCGUGCGCCAAGCGCCAGAAGACGCUCACGAGCUCGCCGAACGAUUACGUCUACCAGCAGGUCGACGCGACGUCGCCCCGGAAGAAGGCGCACCUUGUCGCGCUACGGCCCGGAGCGGCGGCACCGGGUGCCGGCUCGCUUCUCGAGGCGGAGUAAACUACUGGGACAAUUUAUACACGAUCUCGUAUUUAAGUAUAUACGUAUAUGUACACGCGGCCAAGUACACACAUCCCCCCUCCCCUUUUUUUAUCGCCAGACCAUUGUAAAUAAUUACGUCAUGUAACUUUUUUUACAGCCUGAGAUUUUGUACAUAAUUGUGUUUUAUACAACGAUGUACCUUUUUUAUACAGCGCGCUUGUACAUAACUGUAAUUUUUAAGUGUACAAAUAUCUGUACAUACACAGUGUAUAAAGGGUUUUGUUUUUUUUCCCUUUUUUUUAUACCGUAAUGGGGACCAGUCCGUAGGCGUGCGCGAAAAAGAGAACCUCUCCGAUGUAAGUGGUCAUUUCGUAUUGUGCAUGUUCGCACGUAUUUACGAGGGAAUAACCGGUACCGAGGGGGGACAGAAAAAAAUUCCGAACCGAUUUGAUCCGAGGACCUGGUGCUUGCCGGGGCAACUGUUACAUUACCGAGUCACCCUUGCGCUCGCCUAACUUGUCUAACGGCGCCACUACGAAUUUUGUAACGAACACUUUUUAACGCUCGUUAAUUCCUCCGACCUUCUUAUUUGCAUAUCUCUCGAAGAUACCGGAUACACGUAGAGAUAAACGAUACAGCUUCCACGUGCCGUCCGCGAAUAGGGAAUAAAUUGACAAAAACACGGAGCUCACGGAAUCGUCACUGCCAACAAUGGUCAAAGAUACAAAUACGAACGUAGCGGAUAGCGCGUAGAUUACAGCAGAGAUACGACACGCGAUCUCAUGCCGAUUUUUACCGAGGACUGUAAGCUCGUCCAGCACGUCCGUGGCAUAUUACGUAAAGUUUUUUUGAGAAUCUCUUGGUUUUUUUACGGAGUCGUCGUACUUAGCUCUUCGUCGCGUUAUGACUUUUAUCUAUUAUACAUGUAUCGACUGAUAUUGCUAAUCAAUAAUAGGAAAUCUCCUAAUUUAUUCUAAUUUUAAUCGGAUCAUCAGUUGUUUUUUUUACGCGGAUAAUUCCAUAAUUUAUACGGGAGAAAGUUGACCCGUUGCGGGCCAUGGAUGAUGAAGCUUCGACGAAAUUUUGUUUUUCUCUUGUGCAGUCGCGAGUCUCGAAAAUUUACGAGUAAAAUUUCGGAAGAUUCGAGCGGGCGAAUUUGUCCUGGAUUCCGAGGAUUUCAUCGUCGAGCUUUCAUCCGGCACGGAGUAUUUGUACAUUGUAUUUAUACAUCGUUCGCUGCGUUCGAACGUAAUUUCAUUCCACGCGAGCAAGACCAAGCUCUAACGCUUACAAGGCAUUUAGAUAAUCGAUAAACAAAUAGGCAAACAGGAUGAAUGAGAAAGAGAGCGAGCGAGUGCGUGAAUGUGCGUGUGUGUGCGCGCGAUAGCGUAAGGUAGCGAUUAAAUUAAAGUAGCGUAGUUUUUGUACCUGUUUGUAAUAUUUCUAUAUAACGUUAAUGAGUGUGUAACUUUCGUGUAGGCGCACGAAAUUAAUGCGUAAACUGCGUAACUGAUGUAUAUGUGCAAUGACUGCAAUUUUGUAAUAAAAUAUUGAUACGCUGUA